AAUCACAGCGGGAGGCCGAGCUAAGAGCAGUGAUUGGCAGGCGUGCAGCCAAUCAGCGGCGGGCGCGCUCCGGCUCCACGUCGGCAGCGGAGAGAGCAAAAUGGAGGCGCCGGUGCUGGAGCUGUCCCUGUACACGGUCAAGGCCAUCAUCAUCCUGGACAACGACGGCGAGCGGCUCUUUGCCAAGUACUAUGAUGACACCUACCCCAGUGUGAAGGAGCAGCGAAGCUUCGAGAAGAACAUCUUCAGCAAGACCCACAGGAGUGACAGUGAGAUUGCCCUCCUGGAGGGGCUCACGGUCGUUUACAAGAGCAGCAUCGACCUCUAUUGCUACGUCAUUGGGAGCGCCCACCAGAACGAGCUCAUGCUCACCGCCGUCCUCAACUGCCUCUUCGACUCCCUCAGCCAAAUGCUGCGGAAAAACGUGGAGAAACGGGCCCUGCUGGACAACAUGGAGGGGCUGUUCCUGGCUGUGGAUGAGAUCGUGGACGGGGGGGUGAUCCUGGAGAGUGACCCCCAGCAGGUCGUGCAUCGCGUGGCCGUGCGGGGCGAGGACGUGCCACUCACCGAGCAAACGGUGUCACAGGUGCUGCAGUCGGCAAAGGAACAGAUCAAGUGGUCGUUUGCUGCGUUAGGGGGGGACCCCUGGACCCCCCCGGGCCCCCCCAAAACUCCCACACACACCCCCCACACCCCCCCAACAUGUUGGUGCCCCCCCAAACCCCCCCAACACGUGGGUGCCCCCCCAAAUCCUGCCUGGGCCUCGUCUGUUCCUGCGCCGACCCCGGGAUGGGCUGGGGGGGUCUGGGGGGUCUGGGGGGGCUUGGGGGGGUAA